GAGCUGGAGGGGCUGAGGAUGGGCCUGCAGGAACCGCUGCUGGAGGGGCUGCAGCCGCUGCUGGAGAAGGCGGUGGCUCUGCUGCGGAAGACGGACUGCUGGGAGGUUGCCUGCCUGGAGAAGGGCCUGUGGGCGGGCCCGCUCAGAGAGGCGGAGGCCGCCCGGAGAGAAGCCGGAGCCCUGCGGGAAGCCCUCCGGAAGGUCCCCCUGGGGCAGGGAGAGGCGGCCCUGCAGAGGGCUGGGCAAGAGGCUCCAGUGAAGGAGGCGCACCUCCUGUGGGAAAGGGCGGCGGCCCUGGAGACCCAGGCGAUAUCCUUCUGGUCAGACACACUGAAGGGGGCAGAUGACCUUCUGGGGAAGGUGGAUACCCUGAGGGCAGCCCUCCAGAACUCCUCCUUGAAGGAAGCCCUGUGGGAGAAGGUGGAGGAUCUUCGGGAUGCCUUGAGGGAAACCACAAGGGAGAAAGUCAGUGUUCUGCCCUUUAACAUGUGGGAAAAGACCCCCCGAGAGAUUUGCAGCCGCCUCCAUCACCUUUGCCGUCAAUGGCUGCAGCCAGAAAAAAACACCAAGGCUCAGAUGCUGGACUUAGUGAUCCUGGAGCAGUUCCUGGCCGUCCUGCCUGCGGAGAUGGCGAGCUGGGUGCGGGAGUGUGGAGUGGAGACCAGUUCCCAGGCGGUGGCUCUGGCGGAAGGCUUUCUCCUGAGCCAGGCAGAGAAGAAGCAGGAAGAGUUGCAGGUCCAGCAGCCCUUUCUGGAGGCCAUCCCCAAGCAUCCCAAAGGAAGGAGAGAUCCGUCAGAUGUCUCCCAGGAGCUGCUUUUCAGGAGGAUGCCCCAGGAAGACUCAAGUUGGGACACCUCAGGAGGAUCAUCUCUUUUUUCUGGUGGAGCUAAAAGAGUGGCUGAACCUCCAGUUCAGGUAGGAGAGAAACGUUAGUGAAGAUACAGGG